AUGAUAAAGAAGAAAAUUUCUAAAUUUACUCCUUUUGAUAGAGUAUUGGAUGGGCUGGAAUAGGAAGAACUUAUUGAUGAAGAUGUUAAUAUGAAAAUCAUAAAAGUAUAUAAUAGAAAGAAAAAUAAUAAAAUGUUUCUGUUGGAAAGAUUAAUCUCGAAUGAAAAAGAACAUUUAAAGUACAUAGAUGAAAUACACAAAUAUGAAAUCAUUAAUUCUGAUGGAUUAUUAUGCAUAGAUAAAUGGGUAUAUAUUUAUUGUUAACUAGACAUAUGACAUGUUGAUUGAUUAAAAUUUAAACAAAUUAUACAAGUUUAUUUUAGUGUUUGAUACCUAUUCAUAGAAUUUAAAUUAAUAUCUGGAGAACAUAUAGGUAAUUUAUUUAAUUAAAUUAGUCAAAAAAAAUAUAAUUAUUGAAAGAGGACAUUGUUGUAUUCUUUAGGGCAAUAAUCUUGUCAAUUAAUUAUUUGCAAUAAUAAUAAGUCGUUACUUUUAAUCCUGUGACAAUGUCUUGCAUUUUGAUUUGUUCAGAUACAUGUAUGAAAUUUAAUUGCAUUCCAAUUUUAUUAACUUAACAUUCCUUAGAAAAAGCAAAAAAGGAAAGCUUACUAUAUCAGGCACCUGAAUAAGUGAAGGAUUAUAAAAAUAUUACUCACAUCUACUCUCAAGCAGUUUAUUCCUUAGGACUUAUAUUUAUAUAGCUCUUUUUAUUAAAACGCAUAGACUAAUUAAGGAAAUUUGAAGAUAUCAAAUAAAGUAUCAAAGAGAUCUAAUUGAAAUAUGGAGACACCUAUAAAUCCUACUUAGAAAGCAUGGUGGAACAGGAUCCACACAAAAGAAUAAAGUUAUAAGAGCUCUGUCAAACGCUAUCAAUUUAGGAACCACAAAAGCUGAUAAAGGACAACUUAAAAAUAACAUUUUCAGAGACUUUUGAAUAUUAUCGUAAGUAAUAUUGUAUACUGAAUGUACCUGAAGCUCGAUCUAUCGCAUAUGGAAUUCCUUGGACUAGGAAUAUUUUAUAAUCAAAUUUGUUUAAAAUGAAAAAUUACUUCUUAGAGCUACUAGAUUUGUCUCAAUCGUAAUAGAUUUCAGAAUAGGCUGUGACUAUAAUAUUUGAAUAGUUUCGAGUUUUUGUAAUAGGGGGAAUGAAUUGUCACUUAGUUUAUGAGUUAGAUGAUGAGAUACCAGCAUUAAAAGAAGUGACAUAAAUUCCUUAAAGUAAUACGAACAGAUGGGGUUUCGGAUAUGUUAUAUGUAGAUAAAUUAGUAUAUAUUAGAGAAAAUAAUUAGCUGCUGUACAUUUGUUCUGGGUAUAGUGAUUAAGCAUUGACUGCUAAUACCUUUUGUUACAAUAUUCAAACUUAAAAGUGGGCUAAAUUAAGUGAUUGCCAGAAGCCAGGAAUAGGAUGUUCCUUGGUUUGUUAUAAUAACUCAAGUAUUUUCAAAUAUGGGGGAGUUGAAAUCAAUAACAAGCCUCUAAAUUAUGUUGAAGAGCUGAAAAAUAAAGAAUGGCAAGUUAUAAAUUUUAAAAAACCUCACUUUAUAUUACCCAGCUUUAGUUUUGCAUACUAGGUAAAUCCAACCUAGAUUUUUAUUGUUGGAGGAUAUUUUGAUAAAGUGCCUAAUACAAAGGUCAUAGUGAUGAAUAUCGAUACUUAAGCUCAUCAUAUAGAUUCAAGAAAGGAGUAAACAUAUGUUGAGUUCAUAGUAAAUGAAUUUUUAGACUAUGGAAAGUAUGGCCCUGUAGAAGCAAUGCAAAUAAGCACCAAUUAGUUAUUUUUGUUAUAAAAAAGAAAUGAGAAGUAACAAUACUUAACUGUGUAAGAUUAAGCUGGAUUUGUAGAGUUGCGAAAGAUACAUGUCUGA